GAUUCCUUCGGGAAAAUUCAGUAAACGGUAUCACUUCUUCGGUAUAUUUCAGUGUUUUCACUCUCCAUCCAUAGACAAAAGUGUGCUUUCUGUGAAUUUAGUGAAAUUUAUUGUAAGUUUGGGCAGCAAUCACAUAAAAAUGGCGACCAGUGCCUGCAUAACCUGCAUCAAAUCCAUCGGAUGGGAUGAACCAUCUCUCACAAUUAGCGACAGCCAAGAUGUGCAGAAUGCCCUGAGCAAACAUUUUUGGUUCGGUGAAGAUCAAUGCCUCAAAAGUAUUAUUUGUCAGCCAUGUUGGCAUAAAAUUGCCGAAUUCAACCGAUUCUACUGCGAAGUCGAGCAGCUACACGCUCAACAGACGUACCCUCCGAUACAUCUACUGGAGAUAAAGCAGGAAGUAAGUCUAAAUCAGUUCACCCCGGAACUGGACGAACCCGAUCAUCUGGAUACCAGUGAAAUCAAAGAUGGAGCCGGGAAUGAGAAAAUAGCCGACGAUCAGAGUGACGAUAACGAUAACGAUAACGACGACGAUGAUGACGAAGGCGACUCCGGCGAAAACAUCUCUUCAGAUGACGAUGAUAAUGAUUCUGAUUUCAAACCCAAGCGUCAAAAGUUGAAAAAAUGCGACAUGGAGGAGAUUCAACAGUUCAUAACGGCAAAUAUCAAACUGGAAUGUACCGUUUGUUCGGAGAAGAGCGAAACGUUCGAAGAUCUCCAGAGGCAUUCCUUGAUGGAACACGAAACGCGGGCUCAUGUGUUUUGUUGCGAGCGAAAGUUCAUCAACGCCUACCGACUGAAUGGACAUGUUCAGUUCCACCUGAAUCCAGAUUCCUUCAAAUGUUCACACUGUUCAAAACAGUGUCCCAACAAAGAAGCAUUGAGGAAGCACUUUCAAAAGGUCCAUACACCGGAGGAAGAGAAGAAGUAUCACUGUAAGGUUUGCCCGAGAAAGUUUACGACUCGAAGUGCACUGUCACUACACGAAAAGAAUCACGCAGAAACGGAUCCAAAAGACGACGGUAAACCAAGGAAGCGUCACCAUGCGAACCGAACCAAGCGCGAUAUAAAUAACGAAAAGAUGAUUGCCGAAAAUGUCAACCUGGAAUGCGAUUCGUGUCAGAAGAAGUUCGAUACGUUCGUAAUUCUGCAAAAGCACUCGAUGGCAGAGCAUAAGAAGCUUUCGUACGUAUUAUGCUGCGGUCAGAAGUUCAACAAAAAGCCACGUCUCGUCGACCAUGUGCUUUUCCAUCUGGAUCCGACCACGUUUCAGUGUAAGGUCUGCCACAAGAAUCUCCCGCACACAGAAUCGUUGAAGAGACACAUGGACAGUAACCACACGCCGGUGGAGGCAAAAACGCUCAAAUGCAGCAUGUGUCCGAAGAUGUUUUCGCACAAGAAAUUCCUAAACACUCACGAACGGUAUCACAACCGAAGCUGGCAAUGCGAGAUCUGCGACAAGCGGUUCAUAUGUGAGGCGGUAAUGAAGCAACAUCAUCGCUCGGUUCACACCAAAGAGCUGAACUACGUGUGCCACAUAUGUGCCAAGACGUUCCACAUCUACUCGUCCUAUCGAUCCCAUCUGCAAACGCAUGACGAGCCUUCUAAGCGGGUGAAACCACGGAGGCCGCCGGUACAAUGCCCAGUAUGUGGCACAAUGACACCCAAGCUAUCCCACCACAUACGCUUGCAUUCCGGGACGAAAACGUGCGAACUCUGCGGUCAGGUGUGCAAGAACGUGAUAGCCUAUCAGUACCACAUGAGGCAGCACGAGAACGGGGAUUUCGUUUGUUCGGUUUGCGGAAAAGGAUUCAAACGGGAUAUCACGUUGAAGGAACAUAUGGCAUCGCAUACGGGCGAGGUGCUGUACAGUUGCGACUUCUGUGAGCGGACUUUCAACUCGAAUGCCAACCGUGCGGCCCAUCGGAAGAAGAUGCAUCCUCAGCAGUGGCUCGAGGACAAGUUGAAGAAGAAAGCCGCUAGGCAGCAAGCUCAGCUGGGUGUAACGGAACAAACGGAGAACGAAAAGGAGAAGAUGGCUGAAGUGAAGACUCUUGUUCACCUUCGUGGGCAAGCGAAGGCCAAAGUGACGAGGAUCCGGAAGGCCGUUGAAGAAGCAUCUGGAGCUGGAGCAAGGCAAUUGAGUAUGGUGCAGCUGAAAGUCUUCACACGCAAUUUGGAAACGCACUACCAGGAGUAUUGUGAUAUUCAUCGGCAAAUCGUCGCUUUGACUCCCGCCGAAAAACUAGUGGACCAGGAUGAAACGUACAUCCUAUUCGAAGACCAACACAACGAGGCUUGCAUGUUGGUCGAAACAUUAAUCCAGUUGAUGACCGAGCCGCAACCUCGUCCGAUGUCAUCGUCCCAGCGAGAAGGGAUUCCUCGCAUCAUCGUACAGCAGCCACCACUCAAGGCUCCCAUUCCCACCUUCGAUGGGAAACCCGAGAACUGGCCACGUUUCAAGGCCAUGUUUCUCGACGUCAUGAGAACAUCCACCGAUUCCGACGCCAUCAAACUUUACCACCUUGAUAAAGCGUUGCUUGGUAAUGCCGCUGGAAUCAUCGACGUCUGCACCUUGAACGAGAAUAAUUAUGCCGGAGCAUGGGAGCUGCUGGAAGAACGUUUUGAAAACAAGCGGCUCAUCGUAGACACACACAUCCUGGGGCUGCUUAGCCUGAAGAAAAUGAACCGAACAAGUGCCAAGGAUCUUCGGGAAUUAGUCGACGAAGUAUCCCGACACAUCGAUGGAUUGAAGCUCAUGGAGGAAGUGAUGAACGGUAUGUCGGAGCGUUUCGUUGUCAACCUCUUGGCAACAGCUCUGGAUGCCAAAACCCGGAUGGAAUGGGAAUCAACCGUUCCCCACAAGCAAAUUCCCACGUACAAGGACACGAUGGAGUUCCUAAAGAAGCGCUGCGCAAUCCUGGAGCGGUGCGAGGAUGCGAUCGUGAAGCCGCCCGUUACGAAGCCAUCUGUACCAAGCAAGAAUCAAGUGAAGAGCAUCUCUACCAAAGCUUUUGCUGUCACCGGAAAGGAGUCCUGUGACGUGUGUGGAACUGGAGCCCACCCGAACUUCAAGUGCGAGAUCUUCCGAGCGAUGACCGUCGUGCAACGCCAAGCCAAGAGGUCAUUACCCACCACGACAACAAACUCGUUCAGUCAAAUUAAAUUUUCUAUCAACAACAAACUAACAAAUUUGUGCGAGGAAAAGAUGGAAGUGAAAAUUGAGCCACAGACCUGGAGCCGGUGCUUCACCUGCCUGGACCAUUCGGAAGAAUGUAUGCAAAUUUCCAGCGAAGCAAGUGAUUCCGAUUCAGUGACCGUGGUGGAAGCGCUGACCAAACACUUUUGGUUCCAGCGGAAUGAGUUCACCAAAGCACAGCACGUAAUUUGCGAGAACUGCUGGAACCGGCUGGACGAUUUCCAUCGAUUCUAUCAGGAAGUGGAAGAAAAUCAUAGGAGUCUAAAUCAAAAAACGCCUAAAGUGUGCGAGGGUACGGAACAUUCCAACGUUCAAAUACAUCCUGAAAUAGAGGUAAAGGAAGAGGACAAUUAUUGGCAUCAAUCUGAAGACGAAGAAUCUGAGAAGGAAUGCAACACAGCAUCCUUGUCGGGUGAGGAACAGAAAGAACCGACUUUGACGGAACGAGUAUCACAGCGGCGAUCAAAGCGGAAAGUAGAACAAAAGCAACAAGUUAGAGAACUGGAUGACGAUGAUGAAAUUAUUAACACUCAUAUGCAAUACAACUGUUCCAUCUGUGGGAAGAAUUGCAUGACGUUCCACCAACUUAAACUUCACCUGGUAAAGGUGCAUAAAAUGGAAGCGAGCAUCAUCUGUUGUGGUAAGCGAUUCUACAAAAGGGUCGGUUUGUUGGAACACGUGCUAAAACUGCAGGAUCCGGAUCGAUUCAAAUGUGACAUCUGCGAUAAAAUUUUAACCAAUAGCUGUGCAGUCCGGAAGCAUAAGCGAGAGAUACACGUAACGAAUAAGGAAAAGAAGUAUCGCUGCGAUCGGUGUCCGCAGCGAUUUGUGAGGGCUAGCUUGCUGAAGUACCAUAUCAAAGGACAUACUAAUUUGGACAAAGGAUCGAUCAAGUGUCCCUACUGCCAAAAAUCAUUCCCGAUGAUCCAUCGAAUGAAUUGGCACAUCAAACUUCGGCACGCAAGCAAGAGUUUUGUCUGCGAUCUAUGCGAAAAAGGAUUUGUCUCGGAACUGGAUUUACAAAGGCACGAGGAACAACACAACAUGUCUCCUGAGGAACUGCAAGCCCAGUGUGAAAUUUGCCACAAAUGGUUAAAGAACAAGAAUACUUUGAAAAUGCAUAGCCGGCUGCACACGGGUCCAAUGAAGUGUGAUAUCUGCGGACUUGUACUUGAGCAUUACCAAGCCUUAGCGAGACAUAAGUAUAGAAAACAUAAAGUAAAACAAAGGUACGGGUGCGAGAAAUGUGGUAAGAAAUUCCAACGAGCCAUUGAACUGAAAAAGCAUGCGACCGUGCACUACGAAGGGACACCAAAAUAUCGCAGUAGAAUGGAUCAUUCACACGGUCACUGUUUAACGUGCUUCAAGACGGCGGACACGGACAAUGCUCACAGCACUAGAGAUCCGGACAUUUUCCGGAUCGUCAGAAUGCAUCUCUGGUUUGCGGAGGUAGACCUAGUGGAUGCAUUGAUUUGUUCCGCUUGCUGGGACAACAUUGACCAUUUCCAUCGGUUUUACGUUACUGCCGAACAUUUAUACGAGCAGAAGGAGAUCCCCUUGAUGCUGGAUGAUGAAAAACCUAUCAAGAAAGAAGCCACCGAAGUAUUUCUAGUGGAAAUGGACUACGAUGAGGACGCGGAUAUCAAGGAGGAAUUGGACAGUGAUUUGGGAGAAAGUGAUGCCCUCCAGGAUCAAGAGGAAGAGGCGGACAUGAUGAGCGUGGCUCCAAUGGAAUUUGAAGAAUUGAAAGACGAAUCUGAGCCUGAAAGUGACGACGAGGAAGACUCGGUGAAUGCGGACAAAGAGGAAGAACGGGAAGGCGAGGACCCGGAUCAGUUUAUAAAGCAGCAUGUGGUUCUGAACUGUGAUCAGUGUGAGGCGAGUGAUUUAACAUUCAAAGGGUUAAUAACGCAUCUGCAAAGAGUUCAUAAGGCCACAAAGUGUUUCGUCUCCUGUUGCGGGAACAGAUAUCACACUAGGAUUAGACUCGUCGAGCACGUGCAGUACGUGCUAGAUCCAACGACAUUCAAGUGCGAACAAUGCGAGGAAGUGCAGUACUUCGUGAAUGGUCCGGCAUUGAAGCGGCAUUUAAAAGUACGACACGAGGUACAAUUUCCGAAACGGCCGUACAAUCUUACGAAUCGGUUGAACAAAAUCAAACUACCGGUGGAAAAGUCCGAAGAGCAGAUCAAGCGAAUGGAAGAGCUGGAAAAGCGUCGCAAGGACCGGCUCGACGAGGACAAGAUGAUGCGAGACCACGUGCAGUUCGGUUGCAUCCCGUGCGGGACUACGUUCGAGUCGUACACGGAGCUGUUCCGCCACAGCCGGGUGGAGCACAAACAGAAACCGGUGGUCCUGUGCUGUGGCAAUCGGUAUCACAACCGACCGCGCCUGCUGCAGCACAUCCAAUCGAUAGUGAAUCCGGUUGCGUUCCGGUGCGAUCUGUGCUUCCGGUGCUUCCAGAGCGACUACGCCCGGAAUAAGCACGUGGCCGAGAUGCAUCCGACGGAGGAUUCGGUCAAGUACCAGUGCGAACGGUGUCCGAAAUGGUUCGUGCGGGAGAUCAAGUAUCGGCAGCACAUGCAGGACCACGAGGACUGCGACAAGGACCAGAUCAAGUGCGAACACUGCGGGAAACUGUACAAAAGUCGGCACAUUCUAUACAUGCACAUCCGCAACAAGCAUCAGGAUCCCCGUUUUGUCUGCGAUAUCUGCGCCAAACCGUUCCAUCUGCAGUCGGAGUUCAAGAAACACAAGCUGCAACACGAAAAUCCUGACCAGCUAAAGAUGCAAUGUCAGCAUUGUCUGAAAUGGUUGAAAAAUCGCGAAUACUGGCGAGCGCACAUCCGGCUGCACGUGGUCGGUGAGGUGAAAUGCGAAAUCUGCGGACGGGUGACUCCGAAUCGCGUCGCGUACCGAUCGCACAAGAAGAACGCCCACGGAGCUCGGAACCAGAAGUGCGAAUGGUGCGGUAAGUGUUUCAACAAGGCGAUCACCCUGCGGGAACACAUCGCCUCGCGGCACACGGGGGCCACCCUGUAUAAGUGCAGUUUUUGUCCGAAGACAUUCAACUCGAACGCCAACAUGCACUCGCAUCAGAAGAAGAUGCAUCCGGUAGAGUGGCAGGCGGCACGGGACAGUGCCGCAGCGGGUGCCGAACCGGCGUCUGUGGCUGUGCUGGCUACCGCGGUCGCGGCUGAAGUGUCCAGGGAUGAAAGUGAGGAGGAGUCGUUUGAUACAUGAGGUAUGAUGCACUCUUUCUCGGUUGAGAACAUUUAGUAUUGUUGCGUAGAAUAAUUGGGCAGUUGAAAAAGAGUUAUA